UUUGAUUUUCCAAAUGGAUUGUGAUGGUCAGAUCGAGCAAGGCUUCUGCUGUAGUUCAUAUAUAUCGUCAACAAAGUUGAACCAAUCAACUUUAGACCAUAGUUACGUGAUACAUAUUUACCACUACUAGCUUAAGCUAAUUCCUGAUAAACUUUCAUGGAUCCAAGGCUCUACAAAUCUGCAAAAUCCGGGGAUGUUUACAUCCUCAAGCGACUUCUUAACGAUAAUCGGAGCCUACUGUAUCAACUUACACCCCGAGGAAACACAGCCCUCCAUGUCGCAGUUCAGUUCGGACAUAAAAAUGUUGUCACUGAAAUUUAUAACAGAUGCAGGUCCCUUCUCACACAGCCAAAUUCGGAUGGAGAUACUCCUUUACAUGUGGCUGCAAGGGUUGGUUCCUUCUCUAUAGUGUAUUAUCUGGUUCGCGAAAUUCAAUUCAUGUCACAGGAAGAUUUCGUGAACACGAACAUUGGCGUGUUUGAGACGCUGAGAAUUGGAAACAAGGGGAGCAACACGGUCUUACACGAAGCUGCAAGGAAUGGUCAUGCAAAAGUUGUUGAGUGCUUGCUCAAAGUUGAUCCCAAAUUGGCCUGUUUUGAGAAUGACAAUGGCGAGUCUCCAUUGUACCUGGCUGCAAGAGGGGACGUGUUAGAGAUCGUGGAUCAAAUUUUAAGAUCAACGCCAUCAUCAGCUCAUGGCGGACCAGAAGGCGAAACAGCUUUGCAUGCUGCCGUAAUUGAGAAGCAUUUUGAUAUCGUGGAAGUACUCCUAAGGUUCAAACAGCAACUUGUCAAAGAAACUGACCACCAAGGCAGGACUCCUCUCCACUAUGCAGCAUCCCUUGGAGAUCACAAAACAGUUCGACGAUUACUAGAAAUCGAUACUUCUACUGCGUAUGUUCUGGAUAAAGAGGGCCAGUCACCAAUUCAUGUUGCAGCAAGGGAAGGGCGUGGCAGUGUCAUUAGUGAAAUUAUUCAACAUUGCCCAGAUUCGGGUGAACUUGUUGACCCUUUUGGGCGAAACACUCUUCAUAUUGCCAUCCAAGGUGGGCAAGUAAAUGUUGUCAGGUAUAUACUGGAAACACCCGAUCUGGAGGGGCUCAUAAAUCAGCCGGAUGUUGAUGGAAACACGCCUUUGCAUCUCGCAACCAUAGAGAGAAAAACAUGGAUUUUGUACUACUUGAUGUGGGAUGGAAGAGUAAAUCAAAGAUCUAAGAACAAAUAUGGCCAAACAGCAUCUGAUGUUGAUAGAUCAAUCAAAGAAUGCAGUCUUAGAUUUCCCAUGAAUAUAAUCUGUACGCCGCAUGCUUGGUUAGGCAACAUCAAAUUUUACCAAAGAGCAGAACGGGCAGAAGCCAGUGCAGUGCAAACUUACAGGGAAAUGGGCCAGACCCUUUUGGUGGUUGCAACACUUAUCACAACUGUAACAUUUACAGCUGCAUUCACAAUGCCCGGAGGCUAUAACAAUGAUGUCGGUCCACACCAAGGAGUGGCUCUUCUGCAGUCAAAUGAAAAUUUCAAGUGGUUCAUAAUCUCAGACACCAUUGCAAUGACUUGCUCAAUAAAUGCAGCUUGCCUUUUAUUUGGGGGAGCUGUUAACGGCAAUGAGUCGGUGUAUAUUUACUAUUUAACAGGUGCUGCUGCUCUUACAUAUAUUGCUCUGCAAUCUACUGCAAUAGCAUUCACAACUGGGAUUCUGGCUGUCCUGCCCCAUCAGCAAUUUGCCAAAACCUUGGGACUGAUAGUUGGAAUCACUUUUAAUGUUAGUACCUUCUUGCUUCUUUCACAAUUGGUGCAAAUAUUUUCCAACCUCGGAGCCUGUAGAUUAUUGUUUUCGCAUCUCUACAGGAAGCUCAAGAGCAAAAUAGGGAAUAAACAUUGA